AUGCAACAACUGCAAGGGUACGAGCAAGGCGGGCCCAACGUGGUUUAUCACCUCAAGCGCACCUUAUACGGGUUGCGCCAAGCGCCGCGUGCGUGGCACACGCGCUUGAAAGAGGAGCUCGGGAACUUUGAGUUCGUGGCGUCCUUGGCGACGCGGCGCUCUUUCGUGAGUGGUGGACGGGGAGCGGAUUUACGUCAUUGUGUGGGUGGACGACAUUCUCGUCGCGGCCCGGGGGGCGGAGCGGAUUGCGAAGAUGAAGGCACAUUGGCGGAGAACUUCGACGUGCGCGACUUGAGGGAGGCGCGUACUUUGAAGCUCACACAAAAAAAGCUCACGGGGGAGCUUCUUGGGCGGCAGGGAUUGGCGGGCGCACGGGCGCGCUCGGUCCCCCUCGGUGCGCGGAAGAAUUUGACGAAAGAGGGUGCGCCGCUCGACACGGCGAGAUUACCCUAUAGCGAGCUCAUUGGAAGCUUGUUGUACUUUAGCGUGUGCACGCGGCCCGACAUCGCUCAAGCCGUGGGUGCUUCGGCGCGCUACACGAGCGCGCCAUUGGAAGCACAUUGGGCGGCGGCGCUUGGCGUGGUGCGCUACUUGGCGGGGACGGCGGAAGCCGCAAUAACCUUCGGGGGCAGCGGCGAGGUCCUCGAGGCGUUUUGCGACGCCGAUUAUGCGGGGGACAUCGACACAAAGCGUUCUACGACGGGGUACGUCUUCUUGAUGUACGGAGGAGCGGAGGUCGAACUCGCGUAUUGCGAGACGGAGGACAUGAAGGCGGACAUCUUGACCAAGGCGUUGGCACCCGGAAAGUUUUUGAACUGCAAGAAGGAAAUAGGAAUCGCAUAG